ACUGGGAGCAGGCACGCCAGAUAUAAAUAUCACGGGCGUGUGGCACUUUUAAGAGCAGACUUGCGCAAGGCAGUCUAAUGAUACGUACGUUUGGAUCAGCGCAAAAGACGUGAUCGGUGGGACAUGCACGCUUCACUGUGGCUGUAAGUCAUAGGAUCAUAGAGCCAAACUUCUCUCGACGUCUUGCUGUUGUCAGACUCAAGGGAUACUGUUUAGUCCUGUGAUUCGACACAUCAGAAAAGGAUACACCAACUUGCACAUCAAGAAAAUUUAUUGCAAUUAAAAUGCCUACUGAUAACAUGAUGGAAAAACCCACAGCAUCUCCAGCAGCUGGGGCACCAGCAAGUGGGUCUCACACUCCGGAUAAACCCAAAAAUGCCAGUGAGCACAGAAAGUCCUCCAAGCCCAUUAUGGAGAAACGUCGCAGAGCGAGAAUAAAUGAAAGCCUCGGUCAGCUUAAAACCCUUAUUCUUGAUGCCCUUAAAAAAGACAGCUCAAGACAUUCGAAGUUAGAGAAAGCAGAUAUUUUGGAGAUGACGGUGAAGCACUUGCGGAACCUGCAACGGGCCCAGAUGACCGGUGCUUUGGCAUCAGAUACAGCCGUUCUCAGUAAAUACCGAGCGGGAUUCAACGAAUGCAUGAAUGAAGUGACUCGCUUCUUGUCCACAUGCGAAGGAGUAAACACGGAGGUCCGAUCCAGGCUUCUCAGCCACCUGUCGGGUUGCAUGGGACAAAUGAUGGCCGUCAGCUACCCACAGGCGGCCCAGCAGCAGCCCCACCUGCCUCCUCAGCCUCUGCACGUGCAGUUACCCCCCGCCGCCACUGUGCCCAUCAGCGGCGUAUCCGUGCCCUGCAAAUUAAGCCCGGCCGAGGCCGCCUCACCGAAAGUUUACGGAGGUUUCCACCUCGUACCUGCAACCGACGGACAGUUCGCCUUUCUCAUCCCUAGCCCAUCUUUCCCGGCUGCCUCGACUCCGGUUAUCCCGCUGUACGCUAACACGAACGUGCCGGUUACCGUUAACGGCAGUCCGGUGCAUCCCGGUUCCGGACCCGCAGUGGCGUCCCCGGUCCAGGGCAUGACGUCCUUCUCCGGCGUUUCGAAGCCCGUCAGCUCCGGGGGUGUUAGUGUGGAGUCGGACAGCAGCGAGUCUGUCUGGCGGCCCUGGUAGAGAGAAUCGGCGAAGGCCUGGGGGGAGAAACACCUGAGAAAUUACGAGGAAUGUUUCCGUUUUAAGGAAUACUCCUCCUGAACUGUAUCUGAACAAUAUUUAUUUGCUGAUUCCACACUUUGGGAUGCUGGUGAUAGAUAUGUUCAUGCUUAGUACAAUGUUAAUAGGAAAACGUUUUUUUAUGGAAAAAUAUAGUUUUAUAAAAACAUGUCGUAUGUCAAAUGCCAAAGCUGUGUUUAAUAUUGCUUAGUUUGUGUUAAAAACUUUUUUUUUUUUUGGGGGGGGGGG